AUGGCUGGUCGCAUGAUCCUUUACGAUGUGCCAGUUAGCAACAACGGAGCUCGCAACCGUUACAUUAUCCGCAAGAAGGGCCUUGAGAACGAAAUCGACAUCGUUAGCCCGCAGACCAUCGGCGGCCUAAAAAGCUCGCAAUACCUUGCCCUUAACCCCCAGGGCAAAAUGCCCCUUCUGAUCCUACAGGAUGGCACCCCUCUUCCGGAAAGCGAGGUGAUCAGCCAGUACCUGCUGGACAAGUUCGCAGGCUGUGGUGAGCCCCUGGUGGCCGCCUCUGCAGAGGGUAGGGCCAAGGCCGCUCUGGCCACCCGCAUCCACGAUGUGUACAUCGGGCCUUACGUGGCGGGUGACCAGGUGACGGCCGCCGACGCGGCCCUCUUCCCCACGUUCGUGUUUUUCGAGUUCAUCUUGCCCACCUACUUCGGCUGGGGGGAUGUGUUCGCUGGCAGACCCAAGCUGGCGGCGUGGUGGGCCAGGAUGAAGGAGGAUCCCGUGGCGGCAAAGAUCAUGGACGAGAUCCGGGGCGGUCUUCAGGGCUGGGCUGCCGGCAACCGGUGGCGGGACCAGGGCAUCAUGGACCAUGUGGCUAACACCGCCUACAAGUGGGCGCAUUAA